UAUGCUUUUUUAUUAUUUAUAUUAUUUUAUAUUAUUUUUUUAUAUUUUAAAUUGCUUUACACUACAGCAUCAUCUUAGUGCAGUUUGCUGAAACGUUCUCUCUCUACACUAAUACUAAUCUGCUGUUGUAACAUCCAUGCAUCAUCUGUUUUCUUGGAAAGGUUGUGGAAAGGUCACCAGCCCAUCGCUGGGCUGUCACACAGUAAAACAUUCACACACACAUUUAUAUCUACUGGAAAUUCAGAGUCAUGAACCGACCUGACCGCCUGUCUGUGCACAGGAACACACACAUAGAACAAUUGUUGUAUUUGCUUAAAUACCACUAUUAUAAAUGGUCCAAGAAAACAUUUUCAAUAAUUCUAGCUAAUAAUGUAGCUUUAUUUCUGGCAUGUAUAGAUAAUUUCCACGUACAUCAAACCUCCAAAACAAGUUGUGCCAAACUUUUAGAGCCUUUGUCGUGAAUAAAGGCUUUUACUUAGAACUCUGAUAUCAGAUAUGACCAUGUAUGAUCAGUUUGAUAGACGGGACUAUCGCGUGCGUAAUGCGUGUGCUACCUGACCGGAGGCCAGCUCACCUGUGAGUCAGGUGGUUCGCACUCGCGGAGGCUCCACCUCCCGCCGAUGUGCGCCUCCGCUCGACUGCCUCGAGCCGCACGGCGCAGCCGCAACGCAAACAGCGAGUCCGCGCUCGCGUUCAGUCCAGACCAGACGCACGUCCAGCGUCGCGCUUCUUCGCCUCGCACCAUGAGCACCAUGGCCUCAGACGCCGCGUUUCUGUCCGCUUUGCAGCCCAACACCUCGGUCACCACCUACGGGCUCCCGUCGGACAUCCAGGUCGGGAAUGGGAGCUCCAUGAACGAGACGGCCAAGGCGCGGCGCGUCCAGCAGCAGGUCCAGAUGAGGCUGGCGGAGAAGUCCACACUUCCGCGUCAGAAUGGGUCGUCGGCCCAGUACGCCAUGUCAGAGCAUGGUGGUUCUUCAUCAGUGAAGUAUCAAACCUACAACCGCUUCAGCUCUAAGUCGUCCUACAUGUACUCAGGCUCCAGGACAAUGGGCCCGCGCGUGUCCAACAGGUCGGCCUUCAGCAGCCAGUCCGCUGCCCCGGAGAUGCUGCAGUUCCAGAGGAUGAGCGUCGGAAGCGGUGGAGUCGGGGGAGGAGUUGGGGGAGGAGUCAGUGUUUCCGGCGGUGGCGGUAGCGGUUUCUACCGGGAAGACAUGCGCAUCGGCAACUACCAGGGGAACAUCAGGCAGCAGAGCCAAAUGGACCCAGAGACCCUCUCCCUGCACUCGAUGCGGCAGCAGACGCUGAGGAUGAAUCCCUGGAUGAACGACGGCAGCGAUGGCGGCAGCUUGGUCUCUGACCGGGACGCCACCUGCAGCCGCCAGUACGCGCAGAACACAAUGAACGGCUACACCAGCCAGGUGAGGCAGGGCGCCGGCACCAUGACCUUCCCGCCGCCCAUGCGCCGAUCCCUCAGUGGCACGCUGUACCGCGGAGGGAUGGCCGGGGGCGAGGCGGCCAUAGUCCAGCAGCAGUCCUUCAAAGGGCCGGCCCACCGCACCAUCAGCAGAAUCACGAACCGAAACCGCAUGAGCAUGGGGUCCACGUCCGGGACCCUGCAGCAACAGAUGUCCUUGAGUGGGAGCAACUACGGCGGGGACCAAGUGGACAGGGGCUUCAUCGUGUCUGGCAUGUCCGGUUCCCAAGGGAACAUGGGCAGCCUGUCCCGUGCCAUAUCGAUGAAAAGCAUCCAGAGCGUGGGCCGGGGCAUGGACAUCUACAGUGGGCAGACGGAAAUGGGAGCCAGCUCGGGCAACCUCAUCGGGAUCGACACCUUGGACAUGCCCUCUGCGGUGCAGUACCUGAGAGAGGAUGACCAGGAGCUACAGGUCAUGGGAGCCGCCUACAUUCAGCAUGAGUGUUACAGUAACAAGGACGCCAAAACGGAGGUGCGUCGCUUGAAGGGCAUCGCUGACCUGGUGAGGCUGAUAGGCAGCAGCAACACCGAAGUGCAGCGCUAUGCUACCGGCGCCACGCGCAACCUCAUCUACGAGAACAUGGACAACAAGGUGGUGCUGAUCGAAGAGGAUGGCAUCCCGAAGCUCCUCGAGGCGCUCAAGAACACGGACGAGGAGGUCAACAAAAACGUCACGGGUAUCCUGUGGAACCUUUCGUCCAAAGACACCCUGAAGGAGAAACUGGCCAAGGAGGUGCUCGUUGAUCUGACGGACAAGGUCCUGGUUCCCCUGUCAGGAGCUCCAGACUCUGACAACAGUCUGACUGCCUCGGAGGCAGACAUCUUCCAAAACACCACAGGAUGCCUCAGGAAUUUGAGCUCUGUGAGCGAAAAAACCCGUCAGCUUAUGAGGGGAACAAAUGGCCUGGUGGAAUCUUUGGUGAAAUACGUCAAAGGCACAUUAGACAGUAGAAAGGUGGAAGAAAAGGGGGUGGAGAAUUCAAUGUGUGUGCUGAGGAAUCUGUCCUACCAGCUCUAUUCGGAGAUGGCUCCAUCUGUUAUUCAGCGCCUUGAAGGACCAACCAGAGAGAAAGCCACCGGCAAGGGUGAAGCCAUUGGUUGCUUCACACCUCAGAGCAGGAAAGCCAAAAGCAGCAAAAACCAGGAUCUGACCACUUUUGCUGAGGUUGCUCGGGUGCCGAAGGGCAUGGAGUGGCUGUGGCAUCCCGAUAUAGUAGAGAUGUACAAGAAUGUGCUGCAGCAGUGUGAGAUCAACUCCACCACCCGCGAGGCGGCUGCCGGAGCCCUGCAGAACAUCACCGCCGGCGACAAGAGGUGGGCUGGAGUGCUGAGCCGCGUGGCCCUGGAGCAGCAGCGCAUUCUGCCAGUGCUGGUGGACAAGCUGAACUCCAGCAACGACGCGGAGCUGCGCUCGUUCACAGGCCUCCUGCGAAAUCUGUCCCGCCACGCCAAGGAUAAAAGUGACCUGGCCACGAAGCUGGUGAAUCACCUGGUGGAAAAGCUGCCCGAUGACCAGACGAAGGGGCCCUCCAACGACGUGGUGGUCAACAUAUGUGGCGUCCUCAACAACCUGGUGACCUCCACCCCCGUCGCGGCCAGAGAAAUCGCGUACUUCAACGGCCUGCCGAAGCUGCGCGCCAUCAAGGAGUCUCGGGACACCAGUUCUGCUGGGACGAAGGCUUCCAAAGCAGCAGCUACGGUCCUCAGCAACAUGUUCCUGUACAAGAAGCUACACAAGCAGUACAGCGAGAAAGGGUUUUCAAAAGCGGACUUUGUGGCUUCGUAAACAUGAAACAAAGGAGAACUAGUCACUUCUGCAGCUCUGAUCAGUCCACCUUUUCAUGGAAGGAGUCUUUAAACAAACUCUGUAUUUGGAUCAACGACACCUCAGGUUCAGUCUGUGUCUCCCACGUUUAGGGACACACCAGCUGAACACAGGCAGCGCCGGAUCGACCUGACGGAACGUGACUUCCAGUGUAUUUUUGAUGGACUCUUUAAUACAAAUGUGUGUGUGUGUGUGUGUGUGCAUGUGUUUCAUUCUGGGUUUAGUUUUCUGUCAGAGCAAUAUAGACUUAUAUAAGCCUGCAGCUGUUUGUUCCUGCCAUUUACCUGCUGAUGGACAAUGGACACUUGUGCCUUAUCUGCUCACUGUUGCCUAACUCACUGCACAGAGGCAACACUUGAGCAACUAACAUCAUAUUAUACAGGAAUCGUUUGAAUAUAUUUUAUGUGAUGUGUACAUUUUAGAUAGACAAGUAUGUUUCUAUGUGAUGACAUGUAGCUGAAUGUAAACCUUUUGCAGAGACACUGAAAUGUGGAUCUUAUUGCAUUUGAUUCAGAAAUGUGGUGAUUGUGACGAUUGCUUUGAAAGCCGACUGUUGUUUAGUCAUGACCUGAUGGAUCUUCUGUUUUUAUCCUGUCACUGCUCAUUGCUUAUUGUAAAUGUGUGCGUGAGGGGGACGUGUUUUGUCCCAACUUUGUUUUUGUACCAUACAGUUCAUGUUAAGUACAAUUGAUAUUUUUGCCAUUUGUUUGACCAUUGUGUAAUUGUCAGCCCACUGAUUUGUUGAGAUUGGAAAAUCCAAAUUUUUGAAAUUACAUUUAUUACUUGAUAAUAUUGAUUAAAAAUAGCUUAAUCAAAACUACAUCAUAUUGAAUUCAUAUCAUACUAAAGAUUGACCCUUUGUCCUCAAACAAUUUUUGUGUACAUACAGAUGUAUUACUUGAUAUUGUUCCGCUAAUAAAAAGACAGAUUUGGAAAUGA